AUGGAACAGACAACCACUUGUAUUCUUUUUCUUGCAUUUGUUCUUCUUGUCUUCCCUUCAUACGGGGUAGCUGUUCCAUUGACUUACAGUACGUACAAUGUUCUUAAUUAUGGAGCCAAACCGGAUGGACAUUUGGACUCAACCAAAGCCAUGGUUGCUGCAUGGACUUUGGCCUGCGGCUCGAUCAAACCAGCAACCAUUUACGUCCCGCCGGGGAGGUUUUUGCUGCGCAACGCCAUUUUCCGUGGACGGUGCAAGAAUAAUGCUAUUGUAUUUCGUAUAGACGGUACAUUCGUCGCUCCGUCGGAUUAUAACCUUCUCGGAAGUACCGGAAACUGGCUUCUCUUUGAGCAUGUAAAAGGGGUUUCGGUUUAUGGCGGGAUACUUGAUGGUCAAGGCACUGGCUUGUGGGCUUGCAAGAGAUCAGGCAAGGGGUGUCCCAGUGGAGCCACGUCGUUAGUAUUCAGCAAUUCAAUGAACAUUGUAAUAAGAGGAUUAACAUCGGUAAACAGCCAAUUGUACCAUAUUGUCAUCAAUGGUUGCAACAACGUAAAAGUGGACAGUUUACGAGUGUCUGCCUCCGGCAACAGCCCAAACACCGACGGCAUUCACGUGCAAGCCUCGAGCGAUGUCAUCAUUCUCAACUCCAGAAUCGGAACGGGCGAUGAUUGUGUCUCGGUUGGCCCCGGCACCAACAAUCUAUGGAUCGAGAACGUCGCAUGUGGGCCUGGCCAUGGGAUAAGCAUUGGGAGUCUUGGGAAGGAAGCCGAAGAACCCGGUGUUCGAAAUGUGACAGUUAAAACCGCUACAUUUACCGGUACUCAAAACGGUGUGAGAAUAAAGUCAUGGGGGAGACCUAGCUCCGGUUUCGCUAGGAACAUACUUUUUCAGCACGCAAUCAUGACGGACGUCGAAAAUCCGAUAGUCAUCGAUCAACACUACUGCCCCGACGAAAAGAAUUGCCCCGGCCAGGUUUCGGGUGUUAAAAUCAGCGAUGUUACGUACCAAGACAUCCACGGAACAUCCGCGACGGAAGUAGCAGUGAAGUUUGAUUGUAGCCCAACCUAUCCUUGCACUGAUAUAAAGCUGGAGGACGUGAAGCUCACUUACAGGAACAAACCGGCUGAAGCAUCAUGUAGUUAUGCUGAUGGAACUGCUUCUGGUUUUAUUCAACCUUCAAGCUGCUUGUAG